AUGAGCAGCAACACGGAUCAGGAAACGGCUCCCAUUGCCGCGCCGCGCAACGGCAGCGCUGGCAGUGUGUUCCGAAGCUUCGGUUCCCUUUUCGGUGGCAACAACUCGGACACCACUCGCCCGCAAACGCCGCAAUCCGGCGAUGGCUAUGUGGAGUUUGGGAUGCAGAAUCCGGAACGGAGUGGCCGGACACUGGGCACCUUUGCUGGGGUCUUCAGUCCGGUGGCCCUGUCGAUGUUUAGCGCAUUGGUGUUUAUACGUGUUGGCUACAUUGUCGGCAAUGCGGGCUUGUACAUAACUCUGCUGCAGUUCCUCAUAGCCUAUGGGAUACUUCUGUUUACGGUGGCGUCUGUCUGCGCCAUCUCUACCAAUGGAGCCAUUGAAGGUGGAGGCGUAUACUUCAUGAUCAGUCGCACUCUGGGCGUAGAAUUUGGUGGUUCCAUUGGCACCCUGUUCUUCUUUGCGAAUGUUGUCGGCUCGGCAAUGGCCAUCACUGGCUGCACCGAGGCCAUCAUGGAUAACUUUGGCCCGGGCGGACACUUUGUCAGUGACGGUGCCACCCUGCCCGACGGCGAUUGGUGGCGCUUCCUCACCAGCAGCAUCAUCAACACCUGCCAGCUCCUGGUCUGCCUAGUGGGUGCCGCACUCUUUGCCAAAACGUCAGUGCUUAUUUUGGGUACGGUGACUAUUUCCCUGCUUGCUACGUAUAUCAGUUUCCUGUCUCUGAGCGGUACCAAUGACACGAUACCGGUGCCCUUGCAAAAUACAUAUUAUAAUGAAACUUCAUCGCACUUUCUACCGUAUACGGGUCUGAGUGCUAACACACUGAGCGAUAAUCUGGGAGAGCAAUAUGGCCACGAUUAUACAUCGAACAACAAGAUGGUGGACUUCGCCACCACCUUCGGUGUGCUGUUCUCCGGCGUGACGGGCAUCAUGGCUGGUGCGAACAUGUCUGGGGAGCUGAAGAAUCCCGCCAAGAGCAUUCCCUGGGGCACACUAUCGGCGGUGGCAUUUACCUUCGUCUCAUACAUCAUCCUCUCGUUCCUGAUGAGCUGCACCACACCGGGCGUGACGAUGCGGAAUAACUACCUCUUCCUGAUGCCCGUCAAUGUCUGGCCACCAUUCACGGCCAUUGGCAUACUGACGGCCACCUUUUCAACGGGACUGAGCAACCUGAUUGGAUCUAGCCGAAUUCUGGAGGCCCUGUCCAAGGAUCAGGUGUUUGGCUCGCUGCUGAACUUUGUGCUGCAUGGAACGUGGAAGGGAAAUCCGAUUGCCGCCGUUGCUGUCAGUUGGGUAAUGGUGGAGUGCAUCCUGCUGAUUGGCUCCUUCAACAUCAUCGCGCAGAUCAACUCGGUGCUGUUCAUGCUCUCAUAUCUGGCCACCAAUCUUGCCUGCUUGGGCAUUGAGCUGACGGGUGCCCCAAACUUCCGGCCUCUGUUCAAGUACUUCACCUGGCACACGUGUCUUGUGGGUCUGCUGGGCACACUCAUCAUGAUGUUUGUGAUCAAUCCGAUCUAUGCCUCCUCCUGCAUCAUUCUGUGCCUGAUUUUGGUCAUUGCUUUGCAUCUCUUUUCACCGGCCACUCAGGCAGCACAGUGGGGGUCCAUCUCUCAGGCCUUGAUGUUCCAUCAGGUGCGCAAGUAUCUGCUCAUGCUGGAUCCGCGCAAGGAUCAUGUCAAGUUCUGGCGUCCGCAAAUACUUCUCCUGGUUUCUUCGCCACGUUCCUGCUGCCCUUUGGUCGAUUUUGUCAACGAUCUCAAGAAGAGCGGCCUCUACAUCAUUGGCCAUGUGAAAGUGGGUGACUUUAAGAGCGUCGAGGAUGUGGAGGAGAAUCAGCAGUGGUGGUCAUUCCUAGAUCACAUGCGCGUCAAGGCCUUCACAGAGGUCACGCUGAGCCGCAGCAUUCGCGAGGGCGUGCAGCAUUUGAUUCGUUUGUCGGGAAUUGGUGCAAUGAAACCCAAUACGAUUAUUCUGGGCUUCUAUGAUAACGAAGCACCCAAAGAUUUCUUCCAAAACGGUUCCUCCCCCUAUAAAACGGAUGACUUUAACAGCGGCGACAUACAGAACUUUCCCAUACGACGCGAUGGUGAUCCAAAGCAUUUCCAGGUGCAGGAAUACGUUCAGAUCCUAUGCGAUACGCUGCGCAUGAUGAAGAAUCUGUGCCUGUGCAGGAACUUUCAGCGUUUGGAUAAGAACUUUAUAGCCAUAAGCAAGCAUGUUAAGUACAUUGAUGUGUGGCCCAUAAAUAUAUUCAAUCCGACAUCUGGUGAUCCCUUUGAUAUGGUCUCUCUGUUCAUGAUGCAGCUGGCCGUGAUAAUGCUGGCCAAAUGGAAGCAUCUUCGAGUGAGAAUCUUUUUGUGCGAGACAAAUGAAGAGCGCACUGUGGGCACCUUUGACACGCAGGCCCCUCAAAUGGAAAUCUUCUCCAAGAUGAAGCUGCAACAGUCCCUCAAAGAACUCCGAAUCACAGCUGACAUUAUAGAGAUUGAGGAAUGGAGUAGGGACUCGGAUUUCAUACGUCAUGCCCGGACCCUCAAACAGUACACCGGUCAGGCGGAUAAUGCCCUGCUGGAGGAUGACGAUGGCGAUGAGACAAUGAAUCGCUCGCUCCUGUAUAUGCAGAGGGCAAAUCAAAUUAUACGCGAUCGUUCGGAUCAGACGGCGCUAUCGUUCAUCUAUCUGGCAGCGCCACCAAAGCUCUCGGCAACAGAUUUUGCGGAACGCAGUGCCAGCUAUGUGGAGCUGCUGACGGAGCUGACGGCCGAUUUGCCGCCCACAAUUCUGGUACAUGGCGUCAGUACGGUGACCUCAACAACGCUCUAGGCUCUCUGGGCUCUAGGCGAGUAGCAAGCAUUUCCAUAAGUGAUAAACAAAGCAACCGGAAUGAACCAAUUUAGACGACACGCCGGCUGCCGUUCUCUUGUCCCUCCCUACCCCCCUCCCAACUGUCCUUGGAUCUGUCUCUGGGCUGUCUCUGUCGCUGAUAUGCAGCUGGCGAUUUAUCACUUAUUGUGUGUCUCCAUGUGGGUUUGAAGCUUUAGCAGCAAUCGUAUAACAUAGUGUAUUCGCUCAUCUAGCACUCUGGCACACAUGAGAUCAGAAUCAAAAUCAAUCAUCAUAUCAGCGAACUAUAUAUAAUUUUAUGACAAGACGUAUCAUGUUUUAACCUGCAUUCAUCCACCUCCUAAUCGAACCCCACCCCGAUAUUAACAUUUUUGUGAUUCAAGAGUUAUAUACUAUCUAAUACAAAUACUAAUUCUACUUCUACUACUACAUGUCAAAUAGAUACGCGAAAGGCAAAAAAAAAAGUAUUAGAGAGCCACAGCCGCGAGAUUGUGGCUAUAAUCAUAAAGAUUUCAUUAUGCACCUAGUGAUAACUACUAAAUGGGGAAGGGAAUGAAAGGGUGCUCACAGUUCGUUUUGGACUUUGAUGGAUUGUUAUUUUAGAUAAAUGUAUUUGGGUGUGUGUGUGUGUGCUACUUUUUGGAAGCGUUUAACUGUGAGACUACCUACACCUUUCCCUUCCCCGCUUUACAAAACUAUUAUCGAUCAUAGCGUUCAAUGUAUUCAGUUCUUUUCAAUAAUCUAAAUAAAAUAUUAGCUAUAAUUAUUUAUGUA